AUGUCUGAACCCAUCAGGAACAAAAAGGCGGACUUUCCUGUUGCCCCGACGCCGCAAAACACGCCAGCCAACAACGCACCUAUCUCUUCGCAUGCUCAGCAACCUGGAGUCUCCAGCAUCAAAGAAGAAUCCCUUGACCAUGCUACCGCAGCUUCGCUCUUCGCGAGAAAUCCUGGUCUUGUCUCCAUGAUUCAAGGAAAACUCGGCUCGCUUGUUGGCCGGUCAUCGGGUUACAUCGAAUCUUUACCCGUCUCCGUCCGUCGCCGCGUGGCCGGGCUGAAAGGUAUUCAGAAAGAGCAUGCCAAGCUUGAGGCCCAGUUCCAGGAGGAGGUUCUAGAGCUUGAGAAGAAGUAUUUUGCGAAGUUUACCCCCCUCUAUGAGAGACGCGCCACGAUUGUCAAUGGUGCUAGCGAGCCAACCGACACGGAAAUCGAAGCUGGUAAAGAAGAGGAAGAAGAAAUCGACGCCAAGGACGAAGAAUCCAAAAAGGACGACUCGGAAGUUGCCACCCGCGGAAUCCCCGAAUUCUGGCUUUCCGCAAUGAAGAACCAGAUUUCGCUUGCCGAGAUGAUUACUGACAAGGAUGAAGAGGCUCUUAAGCAUCUGGUUGACAUUCGUAUGGAGUACCUUGAUCGCCCCGGAUUUCGGCUCAUUUUUGAGUUCUCCGAAAACGAAUUCUUCACCAACAAGACAAUUUCAAAAACAUACUUCUACAAGGAAGAAAACGGUUAUGGGGGCGACUUCAUCUAUGACCAUGCCGAGGGCACCAAGAUCGAUUGGAAGGAUGAAAAGGACCUCACCGUUCGUGUGGAAAGCAAGAAACAGAGGAACAAGAACACGAAGCAAACCCGCGUUGUCAAGAUCACCGUGCCAACGGAGUCUUUUUUCAACUUUUUCGCUCCCCCCCAACCUCCGUCAGAUGACGAUGAUACCGUUGCUACGGAUAUCGAGGAACGCCUAGAACUAGACUACCAGCUUGGGGAAGAUAUCAAGGAGAAACUCAUACCCAGAGCAAUCGAUUGGUUUACCGGGGAGGCUCUGCAAUUCGAAGAGCUCGGUGAUGAUAUGGAUCCCGAUGAGUUCGAUGAGUUUGACGACGAGGAUGAUGAGGAUGAUGACGACGACGAAAAUGGAAGGGGUUCCGAUCGGGACGUUGAUGACUCUGACGAAGAGGAUGGUACUUCCAAGCCAAAGAAAGAGGCGGCUGAGUGCAAGCAAAGUUAA